UUAGAUACACAUCACACACUCCCUCCCACCUCCACCCACCUGCAAGCAAAGCAAAUCCAUUCUCAUCUUCCAACCAUGUACGGCCGGGAUCCAUGGGGCGGCUCCCUCGAGAUCGCCGGCGACUCCGCCACCGACGACGACCGCAGCCGCAACCUCCACGACUUCGACCGCGCCGCCCUCUCCCGCCAGCUCGACGAGACGCAGCAGAGCUGGCUCCUCGGCCCCGGCGAGCAGAAGAAGAAGAGAUACGUCGAUCUCGGCUGCAUUAUCCUCAGCCGCAAAUUAUUCCUCUGGAUCGUCGGCUCCAUCCUCGCCGCCGCCGUACUCGCGGGAUUCGUCACUCUCAUUGUCAAGACGGUGCCCCGCCACCACCCCCGCCCUCCGCCGCCGGAUAAUUACACCCUCGCCCUCCGCAAAGCCCUCGUCUUCUUCAAUUCUCAGCGCUCCGGAAAGCUUCCGAAGCACAACAACGUGUCAUGGCGGGGGAAUUCGUGCCUAAACGACGGCAAAUCGGAUUCGUCGACUCUGUUCAAAGACCUCACCGGCGGUUACUACGACGCCGGCGAUGCAAUCAAGUUCAAUUUCCCCCAAUCCUUCUCCAUGACGCUCCUGAGCUGGAGUGUGAUCGAGUACCGCGCAAAGUACGAAGCCGCCGGCGAGCUCAACCACGUCAAGGAAAUCAUCAAAUGGGGAACAGAUUACUUCCUCAAAACCUUCAAUCACACCGCCGACACAAUCGAUCGGAUCGUCGCUCAGGUCGGAAAAGGCGAUACCCGCGGCGGAUCGGAAGAACACAACGAUCACUACUGCUGGAUGCGACCGGAAAACAUCGAUUACGACCGUCCUGUUACAGAAUGCAGCAGCUGCUCCGAUCUGGCGGCAGAAAUGGCGGCAGCUCUGGCCUCUGCAUCCAUCGUUUUCAAGGACGAUAACAGAGCUUAUUCACAGAAGCUCGUCCAUGGCGCCCGGACUCUGUUCAAAUUCUCGAGGGAUCAGCGGGGCCGAUACAGCGACGGAACGGAGGCGGAAGUGUUCUACAACUCCACCGGCUACUACGACGAGUACUUAUGGGGCGCGGCCUGGCUCUACUACGCCACCGGAAAUUCAUCGUACCUUCAGCUCGCCACAACUCCCGGCAUUGCGCGACACGCCGGAGCAUUUUGGGGAGGGAAGUAUUACGGCGUCUUUAGUUGGGACAACAAACUCGCCGGAGCUCAGGUGCUUUUGAGCCGGCUUCGAUUCUUCCUCAGCCCUGGCUAUCCGUACGAAGAGAUCUUGAGCACGUUCCACAACCAAACUCGGAUCGUCAUGUGUUCGUUCCUCCCUUAUUACACUACAUUCAACCGGACAAAAGGAGGUAUGAUCCAGUUAAACUAUGGCGAUCCUCAGCCUCUCCAAUACGUCGUAAAUGCAGCUUUCCUCGCUGCAGUUUUCAGCGACUACAUGAGAGCUGACGACACCCCGGGAUGGUACUGCGGCCCGCAAUUCUACUCGACGGAUAUUCUGCGCGAAUUCGCGCAGACUCAAAUCAAUUACAUUCUCGGCGACAAUCCGAGGAAGAUGAGCUACGUCGUCGGCUACGGCAGCCAUUAUCCGAAACACGUGCACCAUCGAGGCGCGUCGAUUCCGAAGGGCAAGAAGGUCGGCUGCACGGAGGGGUGGCGAUACCGUGACUCGUCGAAGCCUAAUCCGAAUACGCUCACCGGAGCGUUGGUCGCCGGCCCCGACAAGCACGACGGAUUCCACGAUGUCCGGAAGAAUUACAAUUACACGGAGCCGACUCUCGCCGGCAAUGCUGGCCUAGUUGCUGCUCUCGUCGCGCUAUCGGGAGAUAAGGAUGUGAGCAUCGACAAGAACACGAUAUUCUCGGCCGUUCCGCCUAUGUUUCCAACGCCGCCGCCUCCGCCGGCGGCGUGGCGGCCGUGAGACGACGGCGGCGGACGGCGCCGGUUUGUUCUGGUCUUGCUAAUUUUGGAGGAACAAAAAUCUUUGGAGGAGGAAAGAAAGGAUCACUGAUCAUACAUAUGAAAACCAAAGUUAUUUUCUUUUUUCCUUUUUUUUUUUAUUAUAUUUUUGGAUGUCGAAGUGUGGAAAUGGAAAAUGGGCUCAGCAAUGUGUACAUAAAACAGACAGACAGUACCGGUGGUUCGUUAAAUUUGUAAUUUCAAUAGUGUUUUACAA